AUGGAUCCUGCCCUGCUUCGAGAACGUGAGGCGUUUAGGAAAAAGGCUCUUGCGACACCAAGUGUUGAAUUCAAGAAAAAGAAAGAUGACUCCCCGUUCAAAGAUGAUAGUAAAAAGAAAUCUAAAUCCAGCUCUUCUGCUAGUUCUGCGCCAAAGCUUGAUGCCAACAAUUACAAGACUAUGGCAGGCAGCUCUUCAUACAGAUUUGGAGUUCUUGCUAGAAUUGUUAGACAUAUGAGAGCUAGACAUCAAGAAGGGGAUGACCACCCAUUGUCUUUAGAUGAAAUUCUAGAUGAAACCAACCAAUUGGAUGUAGGAAAUAAGAUUAAACAGUGGCUACAAACAGAGGCUUUACAAAACAAUCCAAAAAUUGAAUGUACACAGGAUAAAUAUAUAUUUAAGCCAGUAUAUAAAAUAAAGGACAAGAAGUCAUUAUUAAGGUUAUUAAAGCAACAAGAUCUCAAAGGUUUGGGUGGAAUAUUUUUAGAAGAUGUACAAGAAUCAUUACCACACUGUGAGCGGGCUCUUAAAAAUCUAGCUCAAGAAAUAUUGUACAUAACCAGACCCACUGAUAAGAAAAAGAUUUUGUUUUAUAAUGAUAAAACAGCAAAUUUUGAUGUGGAUGAAGAAUUUGUGAAAUUAUGGCGUGCCACAGCUGUAGAUGCUAUGGAUGAUGCCAAGAUUGAAGAAUAUCUAGAGAAACAGGGAAUCAAGUCUAUGCAAGAUCAUGGUCUCAGAAAACCUAUUGCACCAAAAAGAAAGAAAGUUUCACAAAAAAGGCGACAGUUCAAAAAGCCGCGAGAUAAUGAACAUUUGGCAGAUGUUCUUGAAACUUAUGAUGACAAUACAUUAACUCAAAAGGGUGUAUCAAUCAAAUAA